GGUAAAUCAAAGCCUCAAUCCCAGAAAAGCCAAUGUCGGUAUGUCACACGUUGCUGCUCUAUAUAAAUAUUGCUUGAUCUUGAGUUUCGGUUUAACUUCCCACGCCUACAAGUCGUACGAUGAAUACAAGAUUCUCAGAGUAACCACAGCGUCUGAUACAGAGUAUAAAUCUAUUCACAACCUUGAAGCAGAAGAUGGUCUGGAGGUCAUUUCAGAGAGUCGGUCCAGAAUCUUGGAUGUAUUGAUAUCACCUGAAAAGUUGGAUAGAUGUCAGCGUGUGUUUGAAUCUCAGGGUUUGCCCUUCCAGAUUAUCAAUGAUAAUGUUGGAUCGGAGGUAAGAAAAGAAAGGGGUGUACUCUUAUCAGCAGCAAAUGUCGUUAAGGGAAGCAUCUCAUACAUCACUUACCAUCGACUAAACGUCUUGUAUGAUCACCUUGACGCUUUAGCAGCGUCACACAACGACAAAGCAGAGACCUUCAACCUCACUGGUACAACUUAUGAAGGAAGAAAGAUUCAAGUGAUAAGAAUCACUGCUAAUAUCACCGCCCCCACUUCAAAAGUCCGGCCCAUGAUCUGGAUUGAUGGAGGUAUCCACGCCAGAGAGUGGGUGUCUCCAGCCACCGUCAUGUACAUCAUCGACUCUCUGCUCGGGAACAGGAACAGGACAGGUCAGGACAUGGCACUACUCCUGGAGAAGUACCAGUUCGUGAUAGCUCCCAGUAUCAACCCUGACGGUUACGAGUACACUCACGAAGAUAGAUUGUGGAGAAAGACCCGUAAACCAACAGGGUGCAAGGAAAACAAGUACAACUGGUUUGGGGGCUGUUUUUAUAGGGCCUGCUUCGGAGCAGACUCCAACCGGAACUGGAGCACCGACUGGGGCAAGGAAUCCGUCAGCACAGAUCCUUGCAGCAUAUUUUACCCUGGCAAAGUUCCCUUCGACCAAGACAACGUCAUGAUGGUUAAAACCUAUCUGGAAGAACAACAAAGCAAGCUGAAAGGAUACAUUAGCUACCACAGUUACUCCCAACUGUUCCUCCUGCCCCUAGCCUACACUGUGGAUCCUCCACCUGACAGAGACCACCACCUCACUGUUGGAGCAGCAGUUGUAGCGGCCAUCAAAGACAAACACGGUAGGACCUACACUGCUCAGUCCUUCGCUGAUAUGUACCCUGCUAGUGGGGUAAGUGCUGAUUGGGCUUACCAGGAUCUCAACGUUACUGACUCCUAUACGAUAGAGCUGAGGGACCUGGGGGAGUUCGCUUUCGAGCUUCCUGAGGACCAGAUAUUGGAGACAGCAGAGGAGAAUGUAGCUGGUCUCAUGGCACUGCUUGACAAUAUACAACAGUAGGGAUUUUUUUC